AUGAUGGACAAGGCCGCCAGAGCCAAUCCGGGGCCCUGUAGCAAGGGGGUAGAGUUCACCGUCCAUCUCAGGCAAGGGACGGAGAGGAGGACCACAGGAGUGCCACUCAGCGAUGACUUCAAACCUGCAUCAAUCGAUACAUCCUGUGAAGGAGACCUUGAAGUUGGUAAAGGUGAACAAGUGACAAUAACUUUACCAAAUAUUGAGGGUUCAACUCCACCAGUAACAGUUUUCAAGGGCUCCAAGAAGCCAUAUCAGAAAGAAUGCAUAUUGGUUAUUAACCAUGACACUGGAGAAUGUAGACUUGAGAAACUGAGUAGCAACAUCACUGUGAAGAAGACCAGAGGUGAAGGAAGCAGUAAGGUCCAGUCUCGCAUUGAACAGCAGCAGCAACUAAUGCGAAAUGCAAGUAGGAUUUCAAACAGUGUUAAAUGCCCUACACCAAAAGAAAAGAUGUCUCCAACUUCUCCUAUGGAUGAUAUUGAAAGAGAGCUCAAGGCAGAAGCUAAAGUUAUAGAGCAGAUGAGUACCACUGAUAGUUCAUCAGAAUCAAAGAGUUCGUCAUCCUCUUCAAGCAGUGAAAAUAGUUCUGAUUCAGAAGAUGAAAAGCCACCCCUUCCGUCCUCUUCAAGCAGUGAAAAUAGUUCUAGUGAUUCAGAAGAUGAAAAGCCACCCCUUCCCUUGCCAACGCCACACCUGCAAACACAGCCUCCUGUGUCUGCUGUGUCACAUCGGACCUUCCAUGACGCGGAUACUGGAUGUAACAGAAGGAAAGAGAACAGGGGACAUCUGAUGAACACAUUGCGGAAUGAUCUCCAGUUAAGUGAAUCCGGAAGCGACAGUGAUGACUGAGAGCAUCUUGGGAUUAUAGUGAUGCCUUCCCUCCCUUGUUGAAGAUGAGAAGGCAGUUGUUUUGCACUAAGUUUAUACUGACGAAGAUAGAAGAAUAUUACCAACUUGGACAAUAAAGUUGACUUAGUUUUUCUGUCAUUUGGAAUCAAGUUCAGCAACAUUCUCUUAUCCAUAACUUAUUUUAAUAUGGUUCUACCAAAUAUCUGAAUUUGGUAUUAUUCUUUUUAGCCAGACCCAAAGUCUAGCCUUCACUACUACCUCCUUUACUUAAAAUUUCAGUCAGCUAAUUACUAUGUAUAAAGUAGACAUGGAGGAAGUUCUUGUUUAUAGUAGACACAUUUUUGAUUAAGGUUUACCCAAGAACCUUUAUAUGUUUGUUUAAGUAGGACAGAACAAGCUGUUAUCUAUAUUUUUAAAAAUCCUUGCAGCUAAUUGUGUUUAAAAAAAUUCCAAACAAUAUGGCCAGCUGUGGUGUAAUGUGGUGUAAUUGUUCAGCAAUAGCAUUAACAAAUUCUUAAUUUCCUUGUAUAGUACAGGUUUUAGUCUGCAGACUGUCAAAUCAGACUUGAAUAGGCGUUGGCCUUUGAUAAACUUUGAUCAACUCUUAGCUGCUUCAUCUUGCUAGCUAAAGUAGAUAGUUGCACAGCAUAAGUGCGUUCUCUAAUUCUUUUCAGAUCAACACAUUCCUUUGGGGAAGAUUUCAUAA